AUGCUGUUCGCUUCUGCUGUAACUACAUUCCUAUCCCUUGUUGUCGCUGCCACUCCGCUUGAGGAUCGCGGCGGCCACAAGUCGAACGGGUGUUCUUCAGGUUCAGACCAGCCGAUCUUCCACUCAUUCUUCAACAACACCUUGACACAGGCUACAUGGCCAGCUGCCAAGGACGUCGCGUUUAGCCACCUCUCACUUGCGGGAUGGCGAUCGGACGCUCUCCGUGGCGCUGCGGGAUCCUGGGCCAACCUCACCGCCGAUGCGAGAAGCGCCAUCCUCAAGGACUACCACCGCCUGGGCAAGACGCUGCGCGUGAGCGCGUUUGGGCAAAACGACAAUGUGACCACAAACGCGAACGAUCCUGAGGAGGUUGCCGCCAGCCUGUCCAAGUUUGCUGCCGACUACAACCUCGAUGGCGUCGAUAUCAACUACGAAGAUUUCGCGGCCGUGGCCAGCGGCGCCGCUUUCGACUGGCUGUCCAAGUUCCACGCCAAGCUGCACUCUGACCUCGAGGCUUCCAACCCGCAUGCCGUGUUAACGUACUCGCCCGUCGCGGACUGGUUUGCCAAGAAAGACGAUGUCUGGGUUCGGUUCAUCCAGGCUGUUGAGAGUGAUGUCGCUUGGAUCAAUAUUCAGUUCUACGACGACGGGAGCUUCAACUGGACGGACUGCACUCAACUGCUUACCAAGACUGGCAGCUCGUCAUAUCUGUCCAGGCAGGAGAUUGCCGACUUGACGGGCUUCCCGGUCACCCGCAUUGUGGUGCAGAAGCCGCGCCAGGAGAAUCAAGCGGGCUUCAUCUCCGGUACAGACCUCGGCAAGUGCUUCAAGGCUACAGGCGCACAGUUCAGCGGCGUCUCGCUCUGGCGCGUGGACCCGACCAACACGAACCUGUCCCGCGAUUGGGUCAACGACGUGGUCGAGAACGCUGGUGUCUGCAAGAACCACAAGUUUGCCAAGAAUGCCCAACACGACCUGGGUAUCUGCACGAGUUCAUAG